AUGGCUCCAACUACAUUCGAGAUCCCAACAGAAAUAACUCCGACUCCUUCUACAUCUACAUCUCCAACCGUACUUCAGAAAUGCACUCGCUGUGCCUACAUGGGCCCCGUCGACUCCUACCCACCUCGACGUACUGGUACAGGUCAUCUCAAAGUAUGCAUCGGCUGUAUGGACAAACAGGUAGCACGGAAGUCCGCUGCCACUGUCGAUUCCUCUGGAUGUGGGCAGAUUGCCACCGCGGCGAUGAGCUUGGAUGACUUCUUGAAACUCGUCACAUUGAACAAAGGUCGACCAUUCGACUUUGAUACCAUGGUGAAUCUACCGCCGGGAAUGUUUGCAGCUGGAGAACAUUUGUAUAAUCGGACGAAUAAGAUUAGGGAUUUUCUGGCAGAAGCUUCAGAAUAUCACUGGAAUCAAAAGAAAACAAAGCGCGGUGGAAAGUCAACAGUCGUUACCUACUUCUGUGCUCAGCUUGAAGGAGAGCAAUCAAAGUCGCGAAACCAAGAUGCCGAUCGCGCCAAGUCACGUUCUCGCAUCACCCGUUAUCACUGUGGAGGCUGGCUACGUAUAACAACUAUGGAUGAUAACGAACUUCUUCUACGCAUUCGUAUGACACAUGCUGAAGCGCACCCAAGUUUCCCCGCAUCGUUUCGCAAGUCGCAGUCAGGAGAAUUCAAGAUGGAGACGACACCAAAACCAGUUCCGAAACAACCUUUGUUCACAACGGCGCCGAUGGUAGUGCCUGUUGGAGUUACUGAAGUGCCUCAAAUAAUACCAAGGGAUGAGGUGGGCCCAGAAGAAGAUGUAGGAGCUAUGCUAGAGCAGUCGCAGGGGAAUGGAGGACCACCUCCAGGAAUCGUACGUCAUGAAAAUUUUUGGCAGGCGUUCUCUAUUGAUUUAGUUCUACCACAGCCUGAAGUCUACUUCUCGCCAGAUCAGCUAGCUGGACUGAGACGAAAAUUUGACGCUAUGAUGAGCAUAGCAUCUGGUCCUUGUCAUCCUGACCUAGCUCACGCUCUAGGGUCUGUAUUCGACCACUUGGAUCGUACGGUGGGCGACAUAGAGGUUGGGAGAUUUGCGAAGAGGCAGAGGAUUUCAUAG